UCUUAAUUUCAAAUUGUAUCAUUAAAUUAAUUGACUGAUUAAUUAAUUAAUUAAUUAAUUAUAAUUAUAUAUGAAAUAAUUAAUUGUUGAUUAAUAAUUUUAACUCUUACUUUUUGUUGAUUUAUUUGAUUUUUUAGAAUUAAUCGGAAGCUGAAUUAUCAAUAGUUCGGGGAUAAGCACAUAAACAAUAACAAAGAAUUUUAAACAAAACGAGUGAAUUAAAAUCUUUUAAAAAACUCGGCGAAGCAUAAAACCACUGAAAAAAAUUUCAGAAAUCUUAUUUGCUCAACUGUUAGAUCAAAAAAUUUGAGAAGAAAAAAAUUCACCAUACAACAAAACCACAAUUUUAAUAAGACAUAAAAUAAUGACUGACUCAAUAAACCAACACAAUCCCAUCCUUACAUCUGCCGCUUCCAACAACAACAACAACAACAGCAACAUUUCAACAGCAAACUCUUCAACAACAAACACUCCUGAAUUUUCACCGGCCAUCUUGGAACUGUUGAAAAGAACUGACUACCCACUGGUUCAGGAAAACGGUCAGCGAAGGUACGGACCCCCGAAGAAUUGGGUGGGGGAAGUUCCGCGACGCGGAUGUGAAAUUUUCGUCGGCAAGCUACCAAGGGAUUGUUUUGAAGAUGAGUUAGUCCCCAUCUUAGAGAAGUUUGGAAGACUUUAUGAGUGUCGCAUCAUGGUCGAUUUUGACAAGGGCAACAGAGGUUUUUGUUUCGCGACCUAUGCAAAUCGAGAAGAAGCGAAGACAGCCAGUAAGGAGAUGAACAACUAUGAAAUCAGAGAGAAAAGAUACAUUGGUGCCUGUCAGUCAGUGGACAACUGUCGGUUGUUUGUUGGGGGCAUACCUCUGGAUAAGAAGGAAGAAGAUGUAGUUGAGGCCAUGAAACAAAUGACGGAGGGUGUAGUGAGAGCCAUCGUGUAUUCGAGUGUGGCCGACAAGACGAAAAACAGAGGAUUUGCAUUCGUCGAGUACGAAAGCCACAAGGCAGCGGCUGUGGCGAGGAGGAAGUUGAUGACGGGGCGUGUGUCGCUCUGGGGCCAACAGGUCGCAGUCGAUUGGGCUGAACCGGAAACGGAAAUUGAUGAUGACGUCAUGUCUAAGGUGAAGAUAUUGUACAUACGCAACCUGAUGACGACAACCACGGAGGAAAUCAUUCUGCAGGCUGUCGUGCAGGCGCUGAAUGGAAGGAGGGAAGCUGUUAAAAAGUUGAAAGAUUUUGCGUUCGUUCAUUUCAAGGAGAGGGACGAUGCCCUGCGCGUAAUGCAAGCACUCGACAAUACGACAAUGGAUGGAUCGAGGAUUGAGGUCGUCCUAGCCAAACCCGCAAACAAGGAAACCAACACGUCCAGCAACAGUUUCACCGCAAGCAACAUGUUCAACAUCGUCAAUGGAACGUCGAAAUUAAUGAUAUCUCCCACGUACCCCCCCGUGCAAACGUCCCCGUUUUUAACGGGCUCUCCCUACUACCCCUUCGGAGGUGAUGCCCUGAUCUCGAACAAUCAACAAUUCAACAGCUACCCACUAUCUCCCCCACCCCUAUCAACGAUGACGUCAUCGACAUCAGCUUCCUUCCAGAAGUUCAGAGGAGGACAGGGCAUGAGACGGGCGGGAGGUAUGAGCAGGACGUAUGGACAGAAAGGCAAACAGAAUCGUCUGUACGAUCUUCACCCCGGUGUUGAACUAGUGCCCGUCAGUCCACACACCCUGAAGCCAAUCAGCAGCAAGUCUCCAGUUCAGUUACUGGAGGAGUUGUGCCAGCGAAACGGUUGGGAAAGCCCCGUCUACCAGCUGCACUCGACAAUCUCCAACUGUCCAAACGAGCAGCAGCUCUUUGUCCACAAGGUGUUGAUCUCAAACAUCAACAGCAAUCCAUUCAUGGCCAGCAAGUUGUGUAGGAAUGUUGACGAGGCGAAGAGAAUUGCCGCCGAGAAUGUUCUAAUGAGCCUAGGUGUGUCCUGCAAAGGAACCUUCCCAUCCAUUCACUGUCAGCAGCCAUCCGGAAACGAAUUCAGAUUAUAACGCUAAGGUUCUCUGAAUGGUACCCCAGUAAGGUUCUAAAUGGUACCACAGUAAGGUUCUAGAUGGUACCACGGUAAGGUUCUAAAUGGUACUAAGGCUAAGGUUCUAAAGGAUACCCACCGACCUAAUUACACCGUUCGAUGUUCAUGUUUUUAAUUUGGCUUAAAUGCUUUAAAUAAAUCUUUACAAAUUACUAUUUAUUAUAUAAAAAUAAAUAAAAAAAUAUAAAUAUUCAUAUUUUGUGAUUAUAUAUAUUUAACAUUUUUUUAAAUUUUAAGCUCUUUUUGCUAGUAACGGUGAUGUGAUGAUGACAAUGAAUGCUGAUGUUGAUGUGAUGAUGACAAUGAAUGCUGAUGUUGAUGUGAUGAUGAGGGUGAAUGAUGAACUUUGUGAUAAGAUUGUUAUAAUUGUGAUGAAAGCUUCGUUAACGUGGCUAAUAGGUUUGCAGUUCUAAUAGAUAAAAUGGGAGAUAAUAGUUUAAUCUAAGAUGACGAUGACUAAAAUGAUUGUGACGCUAAGAAAUUUACGUUAAUGUCAUUAUUAUAACAACGGUGAUGUAAUGAAUUGAUGUCAGCUAAGUAAUGCUGCUGUUAUGAUUUUGCGGUUAAACGAACGAAUGAAUUCAGUAGCACAUUGGGGAUCUGAUGUUCAUGUAAUUAUGAAUAAAUAAAUAUGAAUAAAUAUAUAUUAUUAGAUAUAAAUAUUUUUGAUACUUAGAUACUUAUACAUCUCCCUCUCUUUCUCUCUUUUUCAUUCUCUCUCUCUUCUUCUUCCUUUCUCUCUUUCUCCCACUGUGUGUGUGUGUGUGUAUGUGUGUGUAAUUGUGUUCUAAAAAAACAUCCCCACUAAAUUGUCCAACGCGAUUUUGCCGUUAAUGUUAACCCCUUUUUAAUUAAAACAAUGAAAUGAUUGUAACAUACCGUGAUUGCAAUGUUAAGCUGUCAAGUAUUCGUUAUCUAUAAUGUAAUUAUUUUAUAUUAUUUAUUUAUUAAAUUCUACUUAUGAGUGAUUUGUAUUGCUUAACUCCAAAUGUACUUGAAAUGUAAAAUACUGAUCGAUAUAAAUAGCCAUUGGAAUUUAAUAUUUUCAUUAUUUAGUUUAAUUUUUUUGAUGCUUCAAAUAGUCCAACCAUUUGAAAUAAUGUUCUAUAUUUCAAAUCCUCUUAUUGAUUUAUAAAUGUUUCAAUGAAUUAAUUUAAAAUCGUUUCGAUAAUAGUGUGUCGUCAUUUAUUUUGUUUAAAUAAAGAAAUUUAGUAGUGGUAA